UCGCCCUCUCCACUUUUCUCCAGAGUCCCCGCGUUCCAUCAGGGUUCGAGUUCAAGAACCCAUCGAUCAUGGCUGACGUAGCGAGCACCAGCGCGGUGGCGGAGGCCCCAAAGACGAUCGUUCUCAAGAGUUCCGACGGCGAGGAAUUCGAGGUGGAAUCGCUGGUCGCGAACCAGUCGGAGAUGAUCAAGGGCAUGAUCGACGCCGGGUGCGUGCAGAGCCGCGUACCCCUCCCCAACGUCCUCGGCUCGGUGCUCGCCAAGGUGGUGGAGUACUGGAAUCGCCACGGCGGUGGCGGAAAGGAGGAGGAGGAGAAGCAGCUGAUGGAGUGGGACAAGGAGUUCGCGAAGCUGGACAGGGACGAGCUGUUCGACCUGAUCAAUGCGGCCAGCUUCCUCAACACCAAGCCGCUGCUCGACCUCUGCUGCCAGACCGUGGCCGAUACCAUCAAGGAUAUGUCCGUCCCGGACGUCCGCGACUACUUCGGUAUCGAGAGUGACUUCACUCCCGAAGAAGAGGCCAAGAUAAGGAAUGACAAUAAAUGGGCCUACGAGUGAUUCCUUCUACUUAGCUCUAUGGGCUUUUCGAAUUGCCCGCUUGUGACUGCCUUGAUCUGCUUGUAAUUGCAAGCUUUCUGGAACCAUGGAAAUGUAGACACGUAUAGGCUAUUUCUCCGUGUCUGCUGUCCUUUUGAAGGAAUUAAUAAAGAAGCAAUCAACAAAUAGGUUGAAGCU